AUGUCCCUCUCAGUACGCACCUCUGGGCUCUCCCGGCGGCCAUCUUCCCAGAGUGGGACAUCGGGCAGAGCCAGGGGCACGUCCGCUUCCAUCGUUGGAAGUGGCUAUGGGGGGAGCACCUUUGGCUUUGGAGACAGCUAUGGGGGAGGCUUUUCUUCUGCUUCCAUGUUUGGUUCUAGUUCUGGCUUUGGUGGUGGCUCUGGAAUUUCCUUUGCAGGAGGACUGGGCAGUGCUUAUGGGGGAGCCCUGGGAGGUGGUUCUGGAGCCCUGGGAGGUGGCUUUGGAAGCCUAGGAAGUGGCUUUGGAGGCCUGGGAGGUGGCUUUGGAGGCCUGGGAAUUGGAUUUGGAGGAAGCCCCGGAGGUGGCCCUGGAGGCAUUCUCUCUGGCAGUGAUGGAGGCCUUCUUUCUGGAUCAGAAAAGGAAACCAUGCAAAAUCUUAAUGACAGAUUGGCCUCCUACCUGGAUAAGGUUCGAGCUCUAGAAGAGGCUAAUACUGAGCUAGAAAACAAAAUUCGAGAAUGGUAUGAAACACGAGGAUCUGGGACUGGAGACCCCAGGUCGCAGAGUGAUUACAGUAAAUAUUAUCCAUUGAUCGAAGACCUCAGGAAUAAGAUCAUUUCUGCCACCAUUGGAAAUGCCCAGCUCAUCCUGCAGAUUGACAACGCGAGACUGGCUGCCGAAGACUUCAGAAUGAAGUAUGAGAACGAGCUGGCCCUGCGGGUGAGUGUGGAGGCCGACACCAACGGCCUGCGCAGGGUGCUGGACGAGCUGACCCUGGCCAGGGCCGACCUGGAGAUGCAGAUCGAGAACCUCAAGGAGGAGCUGGCCUACCUGAAGAAGAAUCAUGAAGAGGAGCUCCAAACCUUCCUGGCAGGCGGCCCGGGGCAGGUCAGCGUGGAAAUGGACGCUGCUCCGGGGCUGGACCUCACCAGGCUCCUCAACGACAUGAGGGCGCAGUAUGAAGCCAUCGCUGAGCAGAAUCGUAAGGACGCGGAGGCCUGGUUCGUUGAAAAGAGCGGGGAGCUAAGGAAGGAGAUCAGCAUCAACACGGAGCAGCUUCAGUCCAGCAAGAGCGAGGUCACCGACCUGAGGCGCGCAGUUCAAAACCUGGAGAUCGAGCUCCAGUCCCAGCUGGCCACGAAGAAAUCCCUGGAGGACUCGCUGGCGGAAGUGGAGGGCGACUACUGCGGCCAGCUGUCGCAGGUGCAGCAGCUCAUCGGCAGCCUGGAGGAGCAGCUGCUCCAGGUGCGCGCCGACGCCCAGCGCCAGAACGCCGACCACCAGCGGCUGCUGAACGCCAAGGCCCGCCUGGAGCUGGAGAUCGAGACCUACCGCCGCCUGCUGGACGGCGAGGCCCAAGGCGACGGUUUUGAUGAAAGUUUAUAUGUGACAGACUCCAAAUCUCAAACACAGUCGAUCGAUUCCUCUAAAGAUCCAACCAAAUCCCGGAAAAUCAAGACAAUUGUGCAGGAAGUGGUGAAUGGUGAAGUGGUCUCAUCUCAAGUUCAGGAAGAACUAAUAUAA